CGGGAGCGUUAUUGACUGCGAGAAGCCUUCUGAAAACUACCAGCAUUAUGUAAAAUAAAAUAAAAUAAACGCUGUUCACAAAUGACAGACAGUAGGCUCGACUCUCAUAAGGUGAAGCGCAGAUCACGUUGGAGAACAGUGAGUGUUUUCUUCUGCUGCACUACGUCCACAGACGUCUGCUUUUCUUGACGUCAGGAGAAGUCUGAGCGCUGCGCACAAGCACAGCAACCAGAACGCUCCCAGAGGGAAGGAGAACACAUCACAGACACAGAUCGCAAUUUAGCUGUAGUGUGGCGAAUCCGACCAGCGUUGUAGGAUGCCUCUUGGAGAGGAUGGAAAUGGAUGGAAAAAGAAGACAUCAGACAUCAAAGAACAUUAUGACUUCAAAGAAGUGCUGGGAACGGGAGCUUUCUCAGAGGUGGUACUAGCAGAGGCGAAGAGGACUCAGAGGCUAGUGGCCAUCAAGUGCAUCCCCAAGAAAGCAUUGGAAGGCAAAGAGAACAACAUCGAAAAUGAGAUUGCUGUACUACACAGAAUCAAGCACCCCAACAUUGUUACGCUGGAGGACAUCUUUGAAAGUACAUCCCACCUAUAUCUUGUCAUGCAGCUGGUAUCUGGAGGCGAGUUGUUUGACAGAAUUGUGGAGAAAGGUUUCUACACAGAGAGAGAUGCCAGCCAACUCAUCCACCAGAUCUUGGAUGCAGUCAAAUACCUCCACGAUAUGGGAAUCGUUCACAGAGACUUGAAGCCAGAGAAUCUGCUGUAUUACAGUAUGGACGAAGACUCCAAAAUCAUGAUCAGUGACUUUGGACUGUCAAAGAUCGAGGGAGCAGGCAGUGUCAUGUCCACAGCCUGCGGUACUCCUGGAUAUGUGGCUCCCGAGGUGCUCGCUCAGAAGCCGUACAGCAAAGCAGUGGACUGCUGGUCCAUAGGAGUUAUUUCUUAUAUUCUGUUAUGUGGAUAUCCUCCGUUUUACGAUGAAAACGACUCCAAGUUAUUUGAGCAGAUUCUGAAAGCGGAGUAUGAAUUUGACUCUCCGUACUGGGAUGACAUCUCAGAUUCAGCCAAAGACUUCAUCUGUCACCUAAUGGAGAAAGAAUCAUUGAAGAGAUAUACAUGUGAUCAGGCCCUCCAGCAUCCAUGGAUCUGUGGAGACACAGCUCUGGACAAGAAUAUCCACGAAUCUGUCAGCGCUCAAAUCAAGAAGAACUUUGCCAAAAGUAAAUGGAAGCAAGCAUUUAAUGCCACAGCGGUGGUGCGCCACAUGCGGAAGUUGCAGCUGGGUACUAGUCUCGAGGGACCUAGUCAGAUUACUCCCACCAGUCCCUGCCAUGGACAUCUGCUCCCGGAGGAAGAGGAGGAGGAAGAAGACGAUUUGGGGAAUGGGGAGGAGGAGAGCUUGUCCCACUUUGAAGACGGCCGUCGCGGAAGCACCGAGGGCAGCACAGACCGGGACAGCCUGAGAAGCUGCACCUACUGCUGCAGGCCAGCCAGUCGCGUUUGAGCACCUCCCGUGGUUGUAUCCCCGGAGCACCCAGAGCCCGCCCCCGCCCAGUCUGGCCAGGAAUGCAGAGUAGUUAUCAGGCAGUGUCCGCCAGAGUACAUCCACAUUUAGCAGGUCACUGUCACAGUGUGGAGAAACAUAACGCAAGUCUUUUUCCCCCCGUAACAAAAACACAUCCGAAAUCAAGACACGCAAGUUUAAAAUUAAAUUUGUUGCAGAACAGAAUGCAAGGCUACGCCGAGUGGACAGUGACUUAAAGAAAGGGCCAGUCUGCCUGAUUAGCAACCUAACAUGUAGUUGUCCUUUGUGCAGCGUCAGCAGACAGGGGUCAUUUGACAGCAUGUACAUUACAAAAUGUGGCUCUGGAUGUUAGCUAACAGGAAGGAUCCAAGCCUCUGGAGUCUGAAUCAAAGAUGAGGCAGUGGCCUAAAGGCAGUCUUCUCCAUUAUUUUUGUUCGUAUAUGAUCUGUCACAUCUACCUCUAAUCGCAAUUACCGUUCGUCUGCAUCAAUCUGGCUCUCACACGCUCUACAUUACUGGCAGCUUUCUCCAAAAAUCUGGCCAGACAGGGCACAAAGAAAAGGGGAAACACUUUCCAGAGGGAACUACUGAAAGCUACUCCUGCAUGUCUUUAUACUUCUUACCCAUCAAUGUGACUCGGUCUAGUCACUGACCGAGUAGCUGUUUAGUUGAAUAGAGUUAACCUCAAGGCAUGACUUCACUGUCGAUGCCAACUGCUCAUUUGUUCUGUUUUGAUCACUCUGUCUUUCUUUCUCAUAUUAAGUGUUUCUGUCCUUUUAAAGGUUAUUUUUCUAAAAGACGUUUUUGAAAAGUGGAGGGUGACUCUGGAGGUUAUGGACUCUAUAUUCUGGCUCAGACUGGGUUUGUGAAGAGUGGUUCUGACCUGGAGCGUCUGCAUGCUUCUGUUUGGGAAAUGGGAAAUCAAAAUGUAUGAAUAUCAAAAGGAGACUUUUCUUUUCUUCGUUUAAUGGCUGUUCUGUUAGAGGCUCAAACUGAGAUCCCUGUAAGUCUGUAAAUCACAGGAAUCUGACGUGGGCUCACAUCAUGUCAGGGGGAGUUAUUUUAAAGAUGCGAUUAAGUUGAGAAUCCACUGUGCGUGGGAAGAAAACGAUCAUAUUCAUAUCACGCUCAUCCUCUCUGUUCUGUUUCUGACAAGCGUCUAAAUAUCUGUCUGCUGGCAAUCUCUUAUGCUGAGUCAGUGGGAUCUCAGUUUGGGCGCUCCGCCUGCUCUGUGCUGUGCACCUCUAGUGGAAGAAGUUUUGGUCUACUGUUUGCAUGACCUGGUUAAAUAUGUUUACAUGAAUGAUGAUCAAUUAGUAUAAACACACAUGAUUAUUAUUACUAUGUUGUAUUGAAAAAAAUGAUGUAAUACUGUAUCUUUGAGCUGUAUAAUGUGAAGUGAGUAACACCAGAAGUAAUGUUGUUGACAAAGUACAACACAGCACAGUGGACUUAUCAUUUGCAUUGACUGUGAUGGUCAAGUCUCUACCUGAGUGACAUUUCAACUGUACUUUGUUUAUUUACAACUCAAAUAUUUUUUUUUCAGCCUGUUUUCUUGCCGUUGCUUAUGUAUAAUCUAUUUAUUCCUCUUUAAUGCCCAGGCACAGGCAGA